AUGAGUGCAAUUGCAAUUGUAGCAAUUAGGGGAAUUAAGAAAUGGCCAAAUAAAAAAAUUUAAAUAAUCUAAAAUAUUCUCUCAAAGAUUAUAAAGUAUAGAGAUAUCGAUAAAUUUGUAGCGGCUGAUGAUUAUAUGAAAUUUAUAGAUAAAAUAAGAGGGAUUAUUGAUCUAGAUUGUAAUGAGGAAGGUUUAAUGAUAAGCAAUGGUAAAUUCGAUCUAUUUGAACAUUUUUAUGAAGAAAAUUUGCUCUAAGCUAAUUUGGACUAUAAUUCAGAUAAUGAAGGAAGUGAAAAUCUGUCAAAUGAGGAUAUUUCUGAUGAAAAUGAUGAUGCAGAUGAUUAUGAUGAUGAAUUAAGAUUAAAUGAUGAUGAUGAUGAAUCAAGUUAAUUAAUUUAAGCAACUGAUGAUGAAGAUUUAUUUGGUAAUUCAUCACCUUUAAAAAGAAAUUAAAAUUUAAAAGGUGAAGACAUUUAUAACAUAACAAAUAAAAGAAAAAUCAAACAGCAAGAUAAAUAAGAUUAAAAGAUUAUAAAACAAGAAAUCGCUUCCGGUUAGUAAAAUAUUAACUAGUCAGAGGAAUUAAAAGUAGAGAUAUCCGAUUAAAACAUUUUCAUAAAAUUACCAUAAGUUAAUCAAAUACCUGACCAUCUUAAAAAUGACAAGAAACAUUUAAACUUUAGGAAACUUGUAAAUAAUGAGUUGGGCCCCAGUAAUUAUUCAAUAAUAAAAGGAAAAUUAUUCCAAACUUAUGAAUUUGUUAAAUUCAAUCUCAUCUAUAAGGGAUUAAGAGAUGGUUUUUAAUCCUAAAAAUUUCAUGAAUUAUGCAAUGAUAAAGGCCCUACUAUUUGCUUUAUUAUGAAUUGGACUGGAAAUGUUUUCGGAGGAUUUACCUCAAUUGAUUGGAAAUCAGAGGGAGGUUAUAAACCAGAUAAGGAGGCAUUUUUAUUUUCUCUUACAGAUUAAGAAUUAUUAUUUCAGAGAGAUAAUGAAGUAAAUGCAGUUAAUCAUGGUUCUAACUUUAGCUGGAGUUAAGGUUCUGGUAAAGAUUUGCAUAUUUGUGAUAAUUGCAAUAAUUAAAGUCAAAGCAUAAGUCAGUCUUUUUCUUAUUUCAAUAAAAUUUAGGGUUAAUAUUCAACUUAUUUGACAGGAAAUACUCACUUCAAAGUGCUUGAUAUUGAAGUUUAUGCAGUUGAUCUUACAAGGAGACUUAUUUCUAAUUAAUGA